GGGUUUUCAAUAAGUGAAGAGGGCGACGGUGCAAAGAUCCUUUUUUCUUUUUCAUUUCAAUUUUACGUACGGGUAGAUGCCGAAAUUGUAGUGGCUCGUGUACGCGCAAUAAAACGUACAAUGCUGGAAGACGUUUCGGCAGGGCUCAAUGCCUGACGGUUCGUCGGUCGUUCCGGCAAAAAUGAAAGAAGCUCGUCGGUCCGAGCAGCUGAUGGCGGCCGAGAGCUGUUCGAGCCUCUGUGUCCCCCAUCGCGGCGUUUAAGCGAGUGCGUGCGUUUAAUUGGACGAACGAAGUUCGGUUACCGUUUACGUAGACAAAAGAAAAUUCGUGGAAGAUAGAUUUCGCGCGGCGAGAGACCGCCAGCAGACGAACUACGAGGUAUUUCGUAACGGUGCUUCUUUAGCGACUCGGUGCCCGACACGCAGGCACGGUACAGUAAGCCUGCCAGCCGUUCACGGUCUCCCGGUGCUGUGAAUCGUGUAUCUUGUUCGAACGGGACAAAUCGAAGAACAUCGAAGCUGCUGAGAAAAAGGACCGGUGGUUUCAGGUAACGCGUAAUCCACGUACGAUCGAGGGAAGACACACGGUGCCGCUUCUGUGUUGCACAGUGUAGGUGGGAGAUUCGACGUACGACGGGGCGUGCGUUCGCGUGUGACAACGCCUAACAAGCGAUCGCGCCCCUUUUCUCGGCCGAUACACAAACGAGCGGGCAAUUUCUUCCGAAAUUUCGAUCGAAUCGUGAACUUGGUGGACCUCGUCGAUCGACAAGCAUUCUGUAUUUAGCACGCUGCCCUAUUACGCGGAAUAACUCCUCGUGCUAUGCACGCAUCAAUAUCAAUUUUCACCCCUCUCUGCCUCAGGAACGUCUAAACAGUAGGUUAACGUGAUUCCAAACACACCACGUGCGCUUUGUAAUCGUGUAGUGCCUGCUUUGUCCUUGUGAGUGUAGUGAGUUCAUCCUCGUCAACGCGGAAUGCGGCUUCCCCGGGGUGGACGCAAUCUUCUUUAGUCGCGGCCAACGUUGGAAAAGUGCAGCCGAGGCACGAAAGUACCUCCAGCGUUCCACUUCCUUCCAGCUCUCACAGUGCCUCUGUUAGUCUCAACAUGUCGUCAGCGACUUUCGUGGACCGGAUAGAUCCCUUUGCCAAGAGAUCUCUCAAGAAGAAAAACAAAAAGUCACAGGGUUCAUCCCGUUACCGUAACUCCCAAGAUGUUGAGCUUCAGCAGUUGCCGCAGCUCAAAGAUGUCACACCAUCGGAACAAGAAGAUCUAUUUAUCAGAAAGCUACGACAAUGUUGCGUGACCUUUGAUUUUAUGGAUCCUAUGGCAGAUCUUAAAGGCAAAGAAAUUAAACGUAGUACACUCAAUGAAUUGGUGGAGUACAUCACAGCUGGACGAGGGGUUCUUACAGAGCCUGUAUAUCCUGAAAUUAUUAAAAUGAUUUCUGCAAAUCUGUUUCGCACAUUACCGCCUAGUGAAAAUCCAGAUUUUGAUCCAGAAGAGGAUGAUCCAACAUUAGAAGCCAGCUGGCCCCAUCUGCAAUUGGUUUAUGAAUUCUUUUUACGGUUUCUUGAAUCUUCAGAUUUUCAGCCAACAAUUGGCAAAAAAGUUAUUGACCAAAAGUUUGUUUUACAGUUAUUGGAGUUAUUUGAUUCAGAGGAUCCUAGGGAAAGAGAUUUUUUGAAAACUGUUCUGCAUCGUAUUUAUGGGAAGUUCCUUGGCCUUAGAGCCUUCAUACGUAAACAAAUCAACAACAUUUUUUUGAGGUUUGUAUAUGAAACCGAGCAUUUCAAUGGAGUGGGUGAACUUCUUGAAAUUCUGGGUAGCAUUAUAAAUGGAUUUGCUCUUCCUUUAAAAGUCGAGCACAAGCAGUUUUUAGUUAAGGUGCUGCUACCACUACAUAAGGUGAAAAGCUUAUCAUUAUAUCAUGCACAAUUAGCUUAUUGCGUGGUGCAGUUUCUUGAAAAAGAUCCAAGCUUAACAGAACCAGUUAUACGAGGCCUCCUUAAAUUCUGGCCUAAAACGUGUAGCCAGAAGGAGGUAAUGUUCCUUGGUGAAAUUGAAGAAAUCUUGGACGUAAUAGAACCUAGCCAAUUUGUUAAAAUACAAGAACCUUUAUUCAGGCAAAUUGCACGUUCUGUGUCUUCGCCGCACUUUCAGGUUGCUGAAAGAGCAUUGUUCUUUUGGAAUAAUGAAUAUGUAAUGUCUCUAGUCGAAGAUAACAAUCAUGUAAUAAUGGGAAUUAUGUUCCCGGCAUUGUAUAGAAUUAGCAAGGAACACUGGAAUCAGACGAUUGUCGCACUUGUUUAUAACGUUUUAAAAACAUUUAUGGAAAUGAAUAGCAAGCUUUUUGAUGAACUUACUGCCAGCUAUAAGUCUGAAAGGCAAAAAGAAAAGAAGAGAGAAAAGGAAAGGGAUGAACUGUGGAAGAGACUGUCUGAAUUGGAGGUAGAACGACGUAAUGCGCUUACAGCUCCUCCUCCCCCCAAUAAUCCAGUUCCUGCCACAACAGCUUCGACACGAGCCCGCCCUUGAACUGGUGGAAGUACAUUACCACGCUGCCCAAUCAUUAGCCCUUAGUUUACGUCGAUUGUCCAAACACUACACGCAAAAAAAGUUACUGUUGUUAGUGGAGCAAACAAGUGUUUCACGACGGUAUUCUUGACGUAAUGUAAUUUCUUUCAUUAGUUGAGCCUAAAGUGGGCAAAGCGAGAGAAGAACAAUGAAAGGAGCAGUGAUCGCAAUUUUAUUCUUCUUUGGCGCAAUGAUGAUUGAUGAGUUCUAAUAUUUUUAUUGUGUACAUUAAUUUCUACUUUACCCUACUUUUUCCUUUUUCUUUGACAGCAAUGAUUUAAGUUGUACAAUGUACUCAGUGUCAGCACACAAUACGAGAAUGUUAGUCCCCUCUUAACUAAGGAUUCAAGCUGUGCUCGGUAGGAGGAGACGAUCAAGGUGUAAAUUCGAGUAGAUACAAUAUAUUGUUAUAAUAUUGAUUUUUGCAUGUGACAUUCGCUUCAGUUAUUAAAUGGCUAAUGUCCUCUCAUGACUGACCCACCUUACUCCCGGAUUCUCGCCUCCGACGGAGCCAGCAAGGGGCGUUGUUUGAAAUGUAUCAUAUAUUCGUAUUAAUAAUAAUAACUAUAACAAAACAUAAUAAAAUUAGGUAAAUAUAUAAAUAUAUAUAAAUAUAUAUAAUACAAUAUAUUAUAAUAGUAAUAUUGAUGAUACAAGUCACACAUUCACACAAACACACGAAUACAUGAAAACUGUGGUAAAUACGUGUAACGUACAGACCGAUGUGCUACGAAUACUAACAUUGUGCUGACUGCAUGCCCGCAGCAAAAAUGGAAUAAAUUUUUUCAAAGAAAGAGAACCGUGACCGAUAUGCGAUAAGCAUAUCACAAGAAUAAUAAUAUUAUUAUUGAAUGA